AUGGGCAUUCACUCCAUCUGCAACGCCCUCUCCCACCUCCAAAAUGCCUCCCGCGCCAAGCUAGGCCUCACCUCGAUCCCCAACACAAAGUACAACCUCCGCUUCGCCCUCGCCCUCCACCGCGCGGGCUUCAUCUCCUCUGUCACCCGCGCCGGCCUCACCCCCGAAGCCCUUCUGACCUUCGAAACCGAACCCGUCACCUCGGCCAACGUCUCCACCCGUCGUCUGUGGCUGGGGCUCAAGUACUUCAACAACAAGCCCGUCAUGUCCAACCUCCAGGCCGUGUCCAAGCCAAAGAGGCCGGUGACUGCGGAUUACAAGGAGCUGUCCAAGAUUGCGAGGGGGUUCCAGGCGGGGCAUAUCAAGGGGCUCAACCUGGGGGAGACGUUGUUUUUGUGCACGGAUAAGGGGGUGUUGGAGGUGAGGGAGGCGUUGGAGAAGAGGGUGGGGGGUCUGGUUCUGGCGAGGGUUUCGUAG